AUGGCCGCUCACGCUUUCCUCCACGCUGCAACAGCACCAUCGUCGUCCGUCUGCUCCCGAUGCGCAACCGGGCAAGCCAGGACAUGGAGCCGAUUCUACUCCUCACCCGCCGCCGCCGAGGCAUCGUCCACGACUGACGCCGUCCCGCCGCCGCCGGCAGCGACCCCAGCGACGCGCCACGCGCCUCCCCCCUACGACGUGCGGUCCGGGCUGAUCCUCACGCGGGCGCCGCUCCUGACGCGGCGGCUGCACCCGUUCGAGAACGCCUUCUUCUUCUAUCAGAAGCGGCUCGAGGAGCGGCUCAACACGCCCUUCAUCACGAGCAUCUACUUCAAGCCCGACACGGCGCGGCGGCUCGACUGGAACCUCAAGGUGCAGGAGCGCCAGGGCACCGUCGCCAAGGAGCUGGGCGUGUACAACGGCAAGAGCGCCCGCGCCUGGGACGACGAGCUCAAGGUCGGCGACGGGCUGAGCAGCCAGGAGAGCAUGCUCGACAGCCUACUCAGGGACGCUGAGGCGCGCGUCAGCGACGACGCGGAGGUCAUUGCCCCGGAGGAUGUGGUGCCCGUGGAGCGGCCCGUGGAGCGCGAGACGGAGGCGGACCGCAAGGGCGACGUGCGGAGGCUGGACAGGAAGCUCGACCGGACGCUGUACCUGGUCGUUAAGGGCAAGGACGGCGCCUGGGGGUUCCCGGCUGACGUGGUGCCCAAGGACGAGAACCUGCACGAGGCCGCGCAGCGCGUCUUGGACCAAGCCGCGGGCGUCAACAUGAAUACCUGGAUCGUCGGCCGCGUGCCCGUCGCCCACCUGGUGACGGAGCCGACACUCGGUGCCGAUGGGUCCGUGCAGAGCAAGGGCCACAAGACCUUCUUCCUCAAGGGCCGCAUCAUGGCCGGCCAGGCCGACCUCAAGGGCAACCCCCUUGGCUACACCGACUUCAAGUGGCUGACGCGGGAGGAGCUGCAGAAGGAGCUGGCGCCCGAGUACUUCCGUGGCGUGAGGAACAUGAUGGCGGAGCGAUAG